CGUUGGUGGUGCUUAAAUAUUAUGGACAAGUUGAAGGCUGGAUGGUUUAGUGAGGUCACGGACCUGUUGCCGGGCAGAAGUUUUUCCAUGGAAGUGGAACAGGUGCUGCACAAGGAACAGUCCAAAUUCCAGGAAAUAUUGGUUUUGAAAACCAAAUCACACGGCGUCGUAUUGGUACUUGAUGGAAUGAUUCAGUGCACAGAAUUUGAUGAGUAUUCUUAUCAAGAAAUGAUUUCCUUUUUGCCACUCUUCAGUCACCCAAAACCACAAAAGGUACUCAUCGUAGGUGGUGGCGAUGGAGGGGUUGCUAGAGAAGUAGCCAAACAUCCAUUGGUCGAAAUCAUUGACCAAGUGGAAAUCGAUGAACGCGUAAUCGAAUUGUCUAAGAUAUAUUUACCGUUCAUGGCUCAAGGAUUCGACAGUCCCAAAGUUAACUUGCACGUAGCUGACGGUUUCAAAUUCAUGGAUGAACACUUUCAAUACUAUGACGUCAUUAUAACCGAUUCUUCUGAUCCCAUAGGUCCAGCUGUUUCACUAUUCCAAAAGUCUUACUUUGAAUUGAUGAAACGCGCUCUGCGUCCCGGCGGCAUUGUUUGUUCACAGGCAGAUACUUUCUGGGGACAUUUGAAAAACGCGAAGUCGAUGUACAACCAUUGCAAAGAAAUAUUCGCUAAGUCGGCGUACGCGACGUCGUAUGUGUCCACUUACCCGGCGGGUCAGAUCGGUUUCGCACUCGGUAGUCUUGACAAGGAUACUGACUUUUUAAAUCCGGUGUACAAGUUGACUAACCAACAGCGAAAGGAUAUGAAGCUUCGUUACUACACUACCGACAUUCACAAAGCGGCGUUUGCACUGCCAGCGUUUGUCAUCGACGCUCUCGACGACAUCGAACCCAACUUGUAA